GCCGCCUCCGAUUGGUUGAGCUUGGCCUGUCCUCCUUCGCUGCCGCUCCGAGUUUCGCGGCGCCAGUCCCGCGAAAACGCAGUUUCCCGCCUCGGCCCUCCUGAACAGGAAAAGGAGUGACCCGCCCGCCCAUUUCCGACCUCCGCCUCCCUGCCAGGCCUCGCCAGUCCCGGCCCGCUCGCAUGGAGACGCUCCGGCCGCGGCUGCUGAGGACCUACGCGGGGCCGCGGGAGCAGGGCGGGCCGAGGCUUAGGCGCCUGCCGCCCUCGGCCCCCUGGAUCACGCCCCAGGCGGACCCCCGGCGCCUCUUCAGCACCAGCUCCUCCUCGGGGGCGGCCUCCUCCGCCUUCUCCCUCUCCCGGGACGACGACGACGACUCCGAUUUCCAGCCUCCCAAGAGACUCCCGAGGGCCCGGAGGCAGCAGAAGCGGCAGCAGCCCAGAAGGAAGUGCAAGAAGGGGGGCAAGGAGAACCAGGUCCCACGUGUAGGGGGCAGCAGCAGCAGCCCCGCUUGCAGCACCAGCAGCCCAAGGGCCUUCUUGGCGUCCCCCACCUUGCUGUGGAAGAACGUCACUCGGCGCCCACACCAGAAGAAGAGGGGGAAGCCACUGCCCCUCAUCAAGGCCUGCCUGGGGCGGGGAAGCACGUCCCCACUGCUGUGCAGCAGGCCUGAGCCGCCCCUCUUGACGCCAGUGGCAAAAGAGGGGCUGCUGCAAGAGGGAGAGGGGCUGCUGCGAGAGUGCCCCCUGCAGGGGAGCGGCCCUGUUUCGGACUCUGUUUUGUGCGUCUGCUGCUCUCAGCGUGAGGUCCUGUGGGAGAGUAGCCACGCCCCCCACAAUGCCCUCUCUGAGUUGAGCUUGCUGAAGAUGGAUGGGGACCCAGUUGCUCAGGAGAUGGGGGACAGCUUUGAGCUCUUUUCCAAGGAAGGUCCCACGGGCCUGCAGCUGAAGUAUCCUCGUGAGGUUCCCAGGACGCAGCCUCCACCCUCACCGGUGUCUCAGAUGUACCUCAGCUGGUCUCCUUGCUCACCCAUUGCCUUGCAACCCCCUAACGUCUGGGGCAAGUCAGAAGCAUCCACAGGAAACAGGAAAGGGUUCAAAAUCUCACCAGAAAACUUGGCAUCAUCCACCCCUAACCAGCUGGCAUGCCAUCCUCUUCAAGCUGCUGAUAAAGAUGAUGACCAAGAGCUGCCAGUGCCACCCAAAACAGGCAUGACACCAUCAAUCCCGUCUCAGGGAGCUCUCCAGCUACAAGCCAGAAUCUGCAAUGACAAGAUUGCCCUCUUUUUGCCCAGAGAUCCAACGCCUCUUCCAAGCAAGAGACAGCGGACCUCUGUCCAAAUGGCUGCCAGUCCUGAGAAGGCAGCUGGUGAUCUAAACGGAGAGCUGUCAGAAGAGGGGAGUGACUUCAGCAUUGACCACAGCAGCCCCCAGCAUCAGCCUAUUGUGGUUUUGGACAACCAGGUGGUGCCCAACUGGCUGGCUAGUCAAUCCACCAGAAAGCGGGCCACUGGCCACAGUUCUCAGAAGAAGGGAUACAACUUGCAGUCAGGUUCCUCCUGUGUCCUGCCUGAAAUCUCUGGCACUCAGAGUAACAGUCAGGUGGUCCCCACCUGUAAUCCUGGAGGCACUAUUAAAAAAGCAUGUAUCAGUGGAUUCAGCUGCAGCCGCUGGAGGCCACAAGGAAGAGCUAAGCACAAGAAAAAGGCAGAAUGGAAAGAACAGGCUGAUCCCUCUUUCCUGCAGCAGUGUCUCAAGUGGAAUGAGAAAGAAGAGUAUCUUCCUUUGUCUCUUCUGUCUCCAGACUGCUCCUUGCUCAGGAACUCUUCAUGGUGGCACAGAAUCCGUGCCUCUUUUUCCCUCCAUAAGAAAAAGAAAAUUCUCACUGAGGUGGAAAGUUUCAGUGUCGGCACUGCUAAUACUUCUGUCAAGUCCUCUGUGUCAGAAGCCCCCAAGACCCCCUUCACUCAAAAACUGGGCUAUUCCAUUUGUCCUUCCUCUUCAAUGGUCCUCCUGUCAUCCAUGACCUCUUUUUCGACUCCGGAGGUGACGCUGACAGAUGCUGAAAAAGUGUAUAGGGAAUGCCAGCAGGAGGGACCCAUCUCCUUUGAGGAGUGCAUCCCCCCAGAUAAGAUGCAAAAGUGUGAGAAAGUUGGGGAAGGCGUGUUUGGGGAGGUCUUCAGGUCAGAAGGUGAGAGAGGAGCCGUGGCUUUGAAAAUAAUUCCCAUUGAGGGGAGCGGCCGAGUCAACAGGGAGGCUCAGAAGACCUUCAGUGAGAUCCUACCGGAGAUCAUCAUCUCAAAAGAGCUCAGCCUUUUGGCCGAUGAGGAGGCUAACCAAACUACUGGGUUUAUUAGUCUGUAUUCGGCAUACUGUGUUCAAGGAUCUUACCCUGAGCAUCUCCUGAAAGCCUGGGAUGAAUACCAUAGGCUGAGCGAGUCUGAAAAUGACCGACCAGACUUCUUUCUGGACCAACAGCUCUUCAUGGUCCUGGAGUUUGAGUUUGGUGGUAGCAACCUGGAGAACAUGCGGACCCGGCAGCUGAGCUCCAUGGCUGCGGCUAGGAGUAUCUUGCACCAGCUCACUGCUUCUCUGGCCGUGGCUGAGAAGGCACUCCACUUUGAGCACCGUGACUUGCACUGGGGGAACGUCCUGGUCAAAAAGACCAACCUGAAGGAGUUGAGUUUUACACUGAGUGGGGAAACCCACACCUUUCCCACUCACGGCAUCCUUGUGAACAUCAUAGACUACACCUUCUCCAGGUUGGAGAAAGACGGCCUGACCGUCUUCUGCGACCUCUCCACUGAUGAAGAGGUGUUCCAAGGGAGAGGGGAUUAUCAGUUUGACAUUUACCGCAAGAUGAGAGAGGAGAAUGAGAACAACUGGGCUGACUACUUUCCCCACAGCAAUGUCCUGUGGCUGCACUAUCUCGCAGACAAACUCUUGAAAGAGGUCUCUUAUAAGAACAAGGUUACAACGGCCUCCAUGAGGCAGGUGCAGCAACAACUCCAGCUGUUCUCCAAAGAGGUGCUUGGCUACAGAACUGCCACAGACCUACUGAACUCAAGCACCUUUUUCCACUGACUAAGCUGGGCUUGGGGUUGCAAACUGGGAAAUUUUUUUUAAGGUGCUUUUUGAAACCAUUUAAAAAAUAAUUUGGGAGAGAAGGUGUUGUUUUACUCUCCAAAUGUUUUGACCAUCUUUUGGGAUUAUGCAGAAACAGCAACACUUUUUUCUUUCAAUUGUAUUGGCUUAUGUUUUAAUGGAUUUCAGCCUCAAUGCGUUUUCCCCCAAAACCUGUGAAUUCAACAUUUAAAAGUGUUUGUUUGAAAGCAUUUUAAUCUAAGCCAGGGUUUCUUAACCUUGGGCCCCCAGAUGUAGUUGGAUUACAAUUUCCAGAAUCCCCGGCCACAAAGGCCAUGGGGAUUCUGGGAGUUGUAAUCCAACAAUGUCGGGGGGGGGGGCCAAGGUUAAGAAACCCUGACCUAAUCUUUUCAUUUGUUUUUAGCGUCUUGAAGUUUUCUUGUUUAUUUUGAAAAACAUUUCCAGGUCUUUAUAUCUUACAGUGUUUAUGGCUUAAAUAGCGGCUUAUACAACAAAUCUGUUGUAUUGUUUUUAUGGCUGUUUUUAUAUGUUUUUAACUUGAUGUUUUUUAUUGCUUUUUAUUGUAUGUUUUAAUUUUUGUAAACCGCCUUGGGGUUGUUUUUUUAACGAAAGGCAGUAUAGAAAUGUUAAAAUAAAUAAAUAAAUAAAUUUUAAACAACA